AUGACAAAGGAACUAAAUGAACUUCAAAUAGCCGAGCAAAUCAAAAAGAUUUUAAAAAGCAAUAGAACUACUUAUGAGAAGAAGAUUGCUUUAUUUAAUCUUGUGGUAAAAGGCUUGGAAGUAGAAAAGUCAGAUGUCGAAAAAGAACAAAGAAUAAAUUAUCUUCUUCAAAGUCAUUUAUACAACGAAUUAUCCAAGCAAAUGGUGGAGUAUCUUGCUAAAAUUACCAAGGAGGAAAAACAAAAUAAAAACUUUUGGAAGUAUACCUUUUUAAGUGCUGAAACAGGUAAACUAAAACUUACUAAAAGUGAUAACCAAGGGAAUAAAUUUUAUUUAGACUUUAAACAAGAAGUUGCUAACCCAAAGGAAGAAAAGUCAUUAAUUCAUUUAGAGGAAAGAAUUGAUAAGGACAAUGAGGCAUGUCUUGAAAAGAGAUUGCUACUAGAUUUAGAAGAACCGACCGAACGAUAA